GCCGGACCUCCCAAAACUUGACUUGGGGUUGACGAUAGCUUGCUUUGCCUUGUUCUUUUGUGACACUGCGCUUUUUGUACGAAAUGAAGGGAUCCAUGUGGCUGGAGAGCUGGCUUUGUACAUGGCAAUUACAGCAGUAGCCAUCGCGGGAUGUCGAGUUACUGCCAAACAAGUGGGCCUUAGGUUGGGGACCAAGGAGGCCCUGAAGGCACCGCGCAACCUCCGAAAGUUUGGUGAUCAAUCCUGGCAACUGGUGGUGCACCUGCUGAUGACGGCCUACGAAGUUCUCCUCCUCAACCGGAAUGGUUGGCUGUGGUGGACCGACACAAGGACUCUAUGGACUCAGCCAUGGCAAACAAGUGGCGAAUGCCCUGCGGAUCUUCGCAGUCUUUACAUUGCACAGUUGGCCAUUUGGUUUGUAACAGCUUUUUCGCACAAGUUUGUGGAAGCCAAGCACAACGACUACUUUGUGAUGUAUGGCCACCAUGUCGCCACUCUGGGACUGGUUUCCCUCUCAUAUUUCAACGGCUGGCAGCCAAUAGGUCUUAGCACUCUCUUUGUCCAUGACUCUUCAGACAUCAUCGUAGAUACGUUGAAAAUGGUUAACUACUUGGGCUAUGAUGCCAAAAGUGGCACCUUUCUUGCUGAAAUAUUUUUUGCGUUGAACCUCGUGACAUGGUUUCUUUUUCGCAUGUAUUUUUUCAUCUCAAAGGUAAUUCGGUCGACCAUCCCCAAGGACUUUUUUUUCCCUGGCUGGGGUGACUACGACCUACCAGCACCACUGGUGAGUCCACAGAAUGCCUGCCGAGUCUUACUGGUGGUGCUCAGCCUGAUGCACUUGUAUUGGUAUGGCCUCUUCCUUCGCAUCCUUGUGCGACUAAUCCGUGGCACUGCUGGACAUGAGGCGGGCCGUGAGUACGAGGGCAGCUCGGAUUCGGAACCAGUUCUUGGCUUAGUGCGCGAGGGGACAGAUUUGAAGCCGUCUACUUUGGUACCUUUUGGACGGUCUCGACUUGACCGGGUCAAUGACAUUCACGGUAGGAUUAUGCAGAAAGAUGCAGAAUAUAUGUAG